CGUUUAGGGAAGUAUGGGGCGAAGAAAAUCAAAAAGGCAGAAGCUUUUUGAAGGAGUGAAACUGCUGGAAACCAAAGAUAGGAUCAGCAAUUUACCGAACAGUCUUAUUGGUCAUAUUCUCUCCUUUCUUCCAACAAAAUAUGCCGUUCAAACUUGUGUUUUAACCACUAAAUGGAAGCAGAUGUGGACAUUUAUCAGCAAUAUAGACUUCGAUAGUCGAGAAAUUUGGAGUAUUGAUGAUCCUUGUCAUAUCAGUUUUGUGAAGUUUGUCUAUCGGGUGCUGCUUUUCUUGAAAGUUUCAAAAGUGAAUAAAUUCCAUUUCAGAUAUUAUGUUGAUUGUGAUGUUUCAGAUGUUAAUGCAUGGCUUUCUACGGUACUGUCAUGCAAUGUUCGAGAACUCGAUCUCUGCAUCAGUUUGAAAGUGCCCUGUUUGCUGUCUGCUGACCUUUUUACAUGCAAUUCACUUGUGGUAGUAAAAUUGGGCACUAAAUUCGUCCUCAAUGAUGUUCCAAGUUUAGUUAGUCUACAGAAUCUUACAACCCUACGUCUUAGUAGUGUUGAAUUCAGGGAUGAUGAGUCAACUAAGAGGCUCUUUUCUAGCUGCCCCGUGCUUGAGGGUUUGGCUUUAUAUCAAUGUGAAGGAAAAAGAACUAGUGUUCUCAAGAUUUCGGCUCCUGCACUAAAGACUUUGUAUAUUUCAUAUCCUAUGUCAGAUAGUUGGGCUAUUUACCAUCAUUCUGAAUUUAGCAAGUAUAAGAUUGAACUCAAUAUCCCCGGUCUUCUAUUGCUUAAAUACUGGGGUCCUGUCUCAGAAGUCUACGCCAUGAAGAACUUGUGUUCUCUUGUCAAAGUUGAUAUUCAAUUUUAUAUAGACAGUGGAUGGGGAGACUAUGAAUUUUAUCAAAGAUCGACAACUGAACUUGCUCAAGAAAUAUAUAAUGUUCAUAGUCUUCAUUUAUCUGGUGGAUCAAUUGACUAUGAUUCUUUUCUUGCGAAUAGACCCUUCAGAUGUGGACUUCUACAUGACGAUAUAAUAAUUGAGGAUGAAAUUAACACUGACAAUUGGGCUCCCCCAGAACGGCUGCCUUCUUGUUUAAAGUUUCACCUCAAGAUGAUUGACAUAGGGGAAUUCGAAGGAGAAAAGUAUGAGCUUAAGAUGGGUAAAGCUGAUGGCCCCAACUUGUCGAAUGUGCCUGCCCUUAACACUGUAGUUGGUUCGGUUAGAGACGUAAUGGGGUCAGUAUCUAAACUCCAGAGUCUUUUUGAGGAAGUGAAAUUGAACGAAACGGAAGACAAGAUCAGCAAUUUACCAGCCAGCCUUAUUGGCCAUAUUUUAUCCUUUCUUCCGACAAAAUGUGCUGUUCGAACAAGCAUUUUAUCCAACAAACGGAAGCACAUGUGGACAAUAACCAGCAAUCUAGACUUGAAAUAUGAUGAUCAGAAACUUUCAAAACCCCGAAGGAGUAAAGAUGAUCAGCGCCAUAUGAGUUUUGUGAAGUUUGUCAAUCGGGUGCUGCUUUUACUGAAAGUCUCAAAACUGAACAAAUUCCGUAUUAGAGAUCAUUUCGCUUGUGAUGUUUCAGAUGUUAUUCCCUGGCUUUCUGCAGCACUGUCACGUAAUGUUCGAGAACUCGAGUUCUACGGCUCGUUGAAAGGAUUGUUUUUGCUGCCUGCUGACCUUUUUACUUGUAAUUCACUUGUGAUACUAAAAUUGGGCCGUAGAUUUGUUCUCAAUGACAUUCCAAGUUCAGUUUGUCUACUGAAUCUUAAAACCCUCCAUCUUGAUUCAGUUGGAUUUAGGAAUGAUGAAUAG